GAUCCACUGCGAGCUUCCUCCUUUCCUAUCCUCCGGUCGCGUGCGCUCAAUCUCUCCCCUCCCCCUCCCUCCACCAUCUGCGUCUACUUUCUCUGUCGCUCGCUUCAACCAUCAUGGCACAUUACAAGAAUGGCUAUCCGAUCUACGGCCAAUCGACGAAUUCCCCUCCAGCCUCAGCGCAGCCCGCCCGAUAUGACCUGUAUGCCACUCAGCCCACCAGCCCACAACUCCGACGCAUGCCUAGCUACAACGUGGGAGACGAUGCAGCAUUGCUGGGUUCUGCCCAGCCACAGAAUGCCAGAGCGACCGAGGUGAAUGCUCGUUAUGGAGCUCAGGACCGCGAAGACCAUGCAGACCCUCGAUACGCGCAUCUUCCUACUCCCUCCUCUCCUCAGAUGUCUCGCACUCGCGCAUCCUCGCAGUCCAGCUACCAAUACCAAUACACCUCGUCGGUCUCCGCCGCGGCAUCCCCAACCCAGCUCGCGUAUAACCCUCAACAGUACGCUUUGCCGCCUACUCCCUCCCAGCAGCAAGUCGGUUUCAGCCCGAUCGCAUACUCAGGUCCAGCCUCCCCGCAGAGCAACCAGAUCGCUUCGGGUCAUCAACCAUACAAUCCCGCUGCCUACCAGACUGCCAGUCUACACUCAGCGGCGAUCCAACGACAACCAUCCUUGACAUAUAACCAGGCUCCUCCCACCCCGCAGACCUACGGACCUCCUCAUCCACAACUCCCCCCACCACCGCCCCCUCCCCGCGGCCCGGACCAUCCCUAUGGAAGCAGACCGGCAGCGCAGUAUGGGUUCGCCCAACAGUCCUCCUACAAUGUAUCCUCGCCCGCGACUUUUACUCCUUCCGAUCCUCAUCCUCCUGCUUCUCCCCCGUACGUAACGAGCGCCCAAUCGACUUACGUCCCUCAAUCCCCCCGUCGAUCCGAUGUCGUGAUGCCUUCCGCUGUAGACGACCAACCUCCAGUGCCCCCAGCGCAUUCGUCAGUGGGAGACGACAUCUAUGGAAAACGCGCAAGCUUGACACUCUCCAGCAGCGGAAGAUCCUUGCCAACUCCACCCGUGCACCAAGUCCAGUCCCCGGUGUCACCGCGCCGCACAGAUACGCUGACUCGACAUCCUCAAGCUCGGCCCCUACCGGGUCCACCGGUGGAUGCGGACACCGGCCUGUAUCUUGAUGCAGAAGAUCCAUCUUAUCAGCUCUCUCCAGAUGAGAGUCACACUCAUACCAAUGGGAGCAUGGCCACGGGAACGGGCCAGUAUGUGAAUUACGACGCCUAUAGUGACGAUAGCGAUGCGGAGGCAGCGGCAGGUCUGGCAAUGUUGCAAAUGGCCGAUGAGGAGGACCGCGCUCAAGCCGAGCGGCUGCAGGAUCGUGCACGACGAGAAACCAAUGCAUCCAUCAUCAGUGCUUACGGAGCGCGAUCAGACACGCAGGCAACAUCUCCCCUCACUGACUGGCCUCAGGAUGAUCAAUUCUCCUACGCAGAUGGUAGCUAUCGCGGUACGGGAGGAUAUGACGAGAAUGGCUACGCUACUGAUGGCUAUGGUGAUGAUCGAUUGCCAGCCACUUCAGGCUCAUUGAGGGGCUCCCAUCUGUCGGCAGAUGAUCGCGACGACUAUGCGGACGACUACGAUUAUCCGCCCACCCUUGAUCCGUCGGGAUAUCCUUAUGCGCAGAUGCCUCAUCAUGCCCGAGUGGAUGCUGGCGGCACGGGAGGGUUGUCCGAGCCCGGAGCUUAUCAGCGUCGAAUGAGCUUCGAUUAUGGCGAUGAGACUAACGGUCCGCUGGGGGAGCAUCAGGACCUCCAGCAAUCGGAAAGCGAUAGCUCCGGCCAGGGGGGCGAACCAGGGGACCUAUUCUUUCAUCCCGGGAUGCGGCCCCUGCCUCCAGCUCCUGUCGAACCGGCCAGCAACCCGAACCUUCGGUCUCACUUGAUGCCGGCCGGAACCUAUCGUCACCAGGACCAAGCGGAUGUGCGGGAUGCUACCCAGUAUUCUCCCUCUUAUUUCCCUGUUGCUCCUGAUUCCUACAGCCCGGCCGUGUCCAAUUCUGCUCAAGUGCCACGGUCCACAUCUCUAUCGAGCCAUCCAAUUGGACCUCGUACUGACCCCCCUAUCAGAUCGAAGACGGAUGCAGAUCGGGCCAAGUACAAGCAGCAACAGGAGUUGCUCCGGCAGCAGCAGUAUGGUGCGCUUAGGUUUGACGAUUCUCCCGAUGCUGCUGCGGCAGCGAUGGCGCUCGAUCUGCCUGCCAUCCCCGCUGGACGCCGCAAAAAGUUCAACCCCGCUAAGCUCUCAUCGGAGCACUUCCGCCGCUGUUCGGAGCCGUGGGCGUUGAGCUCUGUCUUGUCCUGGAUUCGCGAGCUCAGCGAGGAGGAGACGGACCUGAAGGAGCAGGCCAUUGUGGAUGCCAUUGUAGCCUUGUUCACUCACAAAGUCCCUACAAUGAACAUGGCGGAUGCUGAAACCUUGGCGGCCCGCGUGGUGAAGAACAUGCUCGCCGAAGAGGCUCUUGUGAAAGACGAAGAGUGGGUCAAAUUCAGUUCGGGCACGAUAUCCGGAGUCCUAUUCCAGAUCACCGGCACGGGAUGCUACUCACCUCGGUUACACGAACAUGAAUCAGAGGUGUUCGGCCGGUGCUACUCCCAUCACUGCAUGCGAACGCUGAAGAAGGUGAAUUUGAAGGCGCAAAUGAUGGAAGCGGAGAAGAAGGCCGAAGACUGGGUCACUUUUUACAAAGUCCCGAAGGAGAUUUGGGAGACAUACCCAAAGAAGGAGAUUGAUCGCCAAAACAACCUUCAUGAAAUUGUAACCACUGAGGACUCGUUCAUUGCUCAACUCGACGUUCUGCGAGAGCUCUACCGUGAUCAACUUACUCAGAUGCAGCCCACGGUGAUCAAGCCCAAGCGCCUGAGCAAAUUCUUGAAUGAUGUUUUUGGAAAGGUGGACCCAGUCAAGAAAGUCAAUGAGGACUAUCUUCUUGCGCAACUCAAGUACCGUCAGAAGGAACAGGGGCCAUUCAUUGCCGGGUUUAGCGAUAUUUUCCGCGAGUGGAUUCGAAAAGCCAGGGCCGUCUAUGUUGAUUAUGCGGCCACGUUCCCUCACGCCAAUUAUCUUGUUCGCAAAGAAGCGGAGGUGAACGUACCUUUCCGGCAGUUCCUCGACCAAGCCCGUGACCAUAAAAUGUCGAACCGUUUGAGUUGGGAUACCUAUCUCAAAGCUCCGAUCACCCGUAUCCAGCGCUACACUCUGCUUUUGACCACCGUGUAUAAGAACAUGGUCAAAGACUCUGAAGAGAAAGCAAACCUUGCUCAGGCUAUCGAGGAGAUCAAGCAGGUGGCCCUGGAGUGUGAUGCCAAAGUGGGCGAGAUGACCAAGAAGGUUGAGCUGAUCGAGCUCAGCUCUAAGCUGCAGCUUCGUCCGGAGAUGAAGAAAGAAGUGGAGCUGAACCUGGAACAUCUGGGUCGUCAGAUCGUUUUCCGAGGAGACCUGCAGCGACCAGGCACGCGAACCCGUUUCUUGGUAGACACACAUGCCAUUCUCUUUGACCAUUAUUUGGUGCUGGCCAAAACAUUUACGACUCGGGACCCGUCGAGGACGAUCAAGUAUGAGGGAUAUGAUGUUUCGAAGCUGCCCAUUCCUAUGGACCUCCUGGUCCUGGAGAGUACCAACGAUGAUCCCGUGGUGAAAUCAGCGGUUCGUGGCGUGGCUACCAUGACCCAACCGCAGGCCGUCAAUCGCGGUGUAGGCGGAAACGCUUUGGCUCAUACUGCUAGUGGUAACUCGGCCAGUUCUGGAAACUCAGGCUCGAGCAAAACGAUGGUGCCUGCAACUGUGCUGGAAAGCUCCAAGGAUGACAAGAUCUUGUACCCAUUUAAAAUCAAGCACCUGGGAAAGAAUGGAACGUACACACUGUAUGCCUUCUCUUCCCAGAGCCGACAGGAAUGGUGUGACAAAAUCACCGUCGCGAAGACGAAACAUGCCGCUGCAUUGUUUGCACAGAACGCCGAGCCUUUCAGACUCCGAGUGCUGGCUGAUACUGCUUUUGCCACGUCUGAGGCUGCUCUGCCCCCUACGAGCGUUAUAAUUGAUGCCACACCUCUUGACAGAGCCAUCAGGGAUGUGGAAGAGCGGUACGCCGGCUCACCACGCCCGCCUCCUGUUUGCCGGACUGCGGUUCACUGUGCUACGGUUUUCCAACAACCCCCGGGCCGAAUGAUGUGUGCUAUAGGUACCGACUACGGAGUCUAUAUCUCAGACUACAAUGACCCUCGUGGCUGGGUUCGGGCCAUACCAAUCAUCCGAGUCACUCAAAUCGCGGUCUUCGAGGAGUUCAACGUCUUUGUGCUCAUAGCCGAUAAAUCCUUGAUAGCGUAUCACUUGGAUGUUGUCUGCCCUCCGGGCGGCGUUACCACCCAGACAACGACUGAUUCGGCCCGUCGCGCACCGCAGAAGCUGUCAGGCAGCCGCGAAGUCGGGUUCUUCGCAGCAGGUCACAUGAAGGACCGUACGUUGAUCAUGUACAAGAAGCGAGAUGGGCUCUCGUCCACAUUCAAGAUCCUCGAGCCAGUGGUGCAGAAAUCAUCCAGCAGUCGAACUCGUCUGUUCUCGCGCCGUUCGCAGACCGAGUUCUUCCGCGAGUACGAUGAAUUCUACAUUCCCUCGGAAUGCUACGGUAUCAACUUGUUCCAUUCCUCUCUGGCCAUCUCAACCCAGAGAGGUAUCGAGAUUCUCACCAUUGACAAGAAAUACACGUGGUCCGUGCCUGACUUCCGCUCCGAGGCUCCCCCGGAAGCGCAGGCCCAGUUGACCAGCAUUGCCCAUCGCAUUGGCACUCUGCGCCCGCUGGGGAUGUUCCGACUCAGCGAUAGCGAGUUCUUGGUGGUGUAUACGGAAUGUGCCGUGUAUGUCAACAAGCACGGCGACGUGUCCCGCAGCGUGGUCAUGGAGUUUGUGGGCCAUGCUCAUUCGGCGUGUCUGUAUGGCCGUUUCCUUAUUCUCUUUAAUGAUGACUUCGUCGAAGUGCGGAAUGCGAUGAAUGGUCGCCUGCGCCAGGUGAUCCCGGGUCAUGGUGUUGUCUGUCUUGAUGAUGGCAGUAGCAUGCCCGGGUCAGGUGCCAACAGCAUCCCGACGAACUCCGGAGGUUCCGUGAACCUUUCCAGUGGACUGUCGAACGGUAGUUCGCUUGCAAGCAGUGGUCGUACGGUCAAGAUCUGCAUGCAACAUCCGGAAUACGAGCGCAGCCAGUUGAUUCUGGAGUUGAUCGAGAACGAGGGACAAAAGGACUAGUCUGAUGAAGGAAGCUGGCUUUCAAGCCUUCAUCAACAUGGCUGAGUUCGGGUUGUCCAGCUGCACUCUGCUAUUAAUUCCGCAGUGCAGGAUCUUCUUUCUCGGGCUUUUCCAGCCCAGUUGCAUGUUCUCUGCCGAUGCCCUCGGUCGGCCUGGAUCAUCACCCGCCAAAACUACUUCCUUACAUAGACCCCUUCUUUUUCUUCUCGUGUCUUCACUCGAGAC